UUGUCUGGUGUCUAGUACUAGGUUAAGGUAAAAAUAUUUAAUCAAGGAUAGGCUUAUGACAUAAUCUAAUGAAUAAAAAACAAAUCAGCGCGUGUGUAGUCUUCACGGUCUAGAGUUAUUUAUAUAAUUAAUUUUAAUAUUCAUGAAUGGCGUACAAUAACAACGACCUUUCGCGCAUGCGUGGAAUUCGCCUCUUAUGAAUGCUGCACGUCAUAAGUUGUAGUGCACGGAAAGGGGUUCACAUCGAGUUUGUUGUAAACAACGUUGACAGUAGUUUUUGGCCGUGGAUAAAAUUUGUUUAUUUUAGGCAUUUUCGGGCGAUCAAGAUGUCUAGAAAAUGGUAAUUUGUUUUUCUAAGGAUAUGUGCCAGAUUUUAGAAUCCAUUAUUUUUACUUUCAAUGGCUGGAGUGGACAGUGACGGCGAAAGCGAAAGCAUGACAGUGGAUUUUUGUGAAAAACAGGCUUCGAAUUCGGCUCAAAACUUUGUGCAUAAUUUCCUUGCUUACGAUAGGAGUAAUCCAGCAAUAGGACGAACAAGGGACCCUUAUGAUUAUGCUAAGAAAUUUACAGAAUUUUUUCUUCGUUAUUUUGAUUAUGAGCUUCGACGGUCAUCGUCCCAUAGCUCAAAUAACCACACGGAAGUGAAUUCAGUGGUCGAAGCGCACGGAGCAAGUGCGGCCGAAACGACUUCUCGGACAGGUGUUGUCCCACAAAACGGCAGUGACCACAUACACCAUACUCACGCAGAUGAUUACGAAAGAGACAGUAGCCCAGACAGAGGCAUAAGCCCUUCAACCAAACCAAAUAAAGGCAUUUUAAGGCGGUUUUCUUUUAAAAGCAUUCGCAAAUCAAAACUUUUUAAACAGGGUACGGAAGAAGGACCCGAACCACCUUCCCCACACCCAAGAUCAAAACACAAAAACAAAAAAGAUAACAAACACCGAGUCUCAACUUUAAACCAAGAUAUUCAAAAGGAGGGAAUUGUAAAUGUUUUAAACGGGGAAGAUGCUAAGGGAAAGUCCAGAUGGGAGAAAACGAGACUUGUUUUGUUAAAAAAUCAAAGUGGAUAUCAAAUGGAAUUCUAUUCUCCACCUAAGGCCAUCAAGCCACGGACAGGUCUGUUUUGUUUUCUCAUUACUGAAGUGCGAGAAACAACUGCCCUCGAGAUGCCAGAUAGAGAAAAUACAUUUGUUAUCAAGGGUGAAGGUACCAUUGAGUAUGUAGUUGAAGCAAGUGACCCCCAAGAUCUAAGAUCCUGGCUAAAUGAAAUCAAGGACAGCAUUCAACACAACCACUGCGCUGCCACAGCCGAAGGCAUGGCCGCAAUGAGACCCAGGUUACCCACUGCUCCAUCAGGUUCUAUUGAAAGAAAAGAUACCACACAGCUUACAACCCAGCAUCGCAGCUCCUCACAAGGAAGUUUAGGGAGUGCCACGCCUACCAUACCCCCUCGCCCUUCCCCUCGGCCCUGGAGCAUGAUCCAUGUAGAUAACACAAACAUCAGCGGACAGAUCAGCGCAUCAGACUUGAGGGGCUCCCCUAGAACUGAGAGUGGUUUUGAUAGCCAUACUGAGGGCCAUGAUGGAGAAGGGAGUGUAGAGGGAAGGUUGAAAGAAUACCCAUGGUUCCACGGCACUCUGUCCAGAGCAGAGGCAGCGCAACUUGUCUUACAACAAGGCCCGUCUGGGCAUGGUGUGUUUUUGGUGCGCAAAAGUGAGACGAGGGCUGGGGAGUAUGUGCUCACAUUUAACUUUCAAGGCAGAGCUAAGCAUUUACGUAUGACAAUCAACAAUGAAGCUCGCUGCAGAGUACAGCACUUAUGGUUUGAAACAAUUUUCGACAUGCUCGAACACUUCCGCACCCAUCCUAUCCCACUGGAGUCUGGAGGGUCAUCUGAUGUCACGCUCAGUGAUUUCAUUGUUUCGAUCGAGCGACCACGCACCCCAAGUGCAUCUGGUAUGCACGGAUCACCGAGAACGAGAGGCGGUGGUGCGGCACAUCAUGGUCGUACUUUAGGCAUGUCUCACCUUGAUGGAGGUAGGGAUGUGAUGAUCAUUGGUGGGUCGGUCAGAGCUCGGACCUCCUCACUUGAAAAUGUCGUUCGAGAACAAUCUCAAGCACAACAUAACCGAGCUAUAGAUAACCAUUACUCAUUUGUAUGACACUAAAGACUAAAAGUAUUUUACCAUGGGUAAACAGUUAUCCUUUAUUUACACAGAACAAAAUUAUCCCACAAACUUUCAUAGAUCUUCACUUAUCCAAUACUUUCUUUACAAAAAAAUAAAUAAAUUAAUCCUGUAUGUAAAAUAAUCAUACAAAAUUAAUAAUAAAUAAUGAAUUUAUUAAUUAUUGUCUUGUUUUUAAAGAACCAGUUUGAAGUAGUUAAAAAACUAGGUUAUUCCCACUAUGUAUAGUAACUUCAUUGCAUGAAAUAAACCACUAAUUUAAUAAAAUAUUUCUCAAUAAUUCACUCUCUCAAAAUUAUUUAAAUACUAUUUAUUAAUUUUUAACUAAAUGUAUUAUUUAUUUACUGACAAUUCUAAAAAAAAACAUUUGUGUAAAAGUAAAUGUGCUUUAAAUUGUGCUAAAAUUGCUUGUGUAGAUCACUGCACUGAGGAAUAAUAAUAAGAUAAAGAGCACAUUGUUUCAAUAUUAAUAUAUUCUCCCUCAGGCAAGUUAAACUAUUUAAAACAACGGCGUGAACUAGAAAGUUGUAGAUUUAAAUAAAAUUCACUUAUUCUUUGAGGGACCAAUGUUAUCUUACUUUAAAAAGAAAAUCAAUCCUUGAAAAAUAAUUUAAACUUGUUAAAUACUCUCAUAAUUCAUUUUAAAAAUUGUAAAAUAACUCGCUAAAAUCUAUUCACAAAAUUUAUAUUGAUAUGUUUGCUAAAUUGAUUGUUAAGCAUUACCCCUAAAACAUUUUCAUAAGCACACCUGAUUGUGAAUCCCUAUAAAUGUGAUGCUUGUUUACCUCCCUUUUGCUUGGCUCUUCUCUUGGCAAAUCUGUAUGUGUGACAAUGUUUUUAUUCUGUUGUCUUCAACCCUUCUCGAUAAUUACUGUUAACACUGCCAAUUGAAGCAUUCAGUAAAAAAAAAUAAACGCAUUAAAAAAUAAAAAUUUAGAGUUUUUAAAAAAGGACACACAUCUUACAAAACAGUUAUUAAAUCUUGACAACAAACAUCUUAAAAAGUGUAUAAACUAGUCUAAACGAAUAAUUAGAAUUCAGAGUCAUGUCCCUUUAAAAUAACAUGGCAUUUAUUAAAUCUGGUCUUGGUAGCCUCUGUUAUACUAGGCUGUUGUUUUUAUUUACUUUUCUGUUGUUUCAGAUUGAUCAUCUCCAGGCAUUGUAAUCAGAGGUUGUUUUUUUUUUUCAAUAAUAUGCUUAUUUUCCACUUAGUAAAUGUUUUAACAGAACUUUUUAUUUUGUUCUUCUAUAACAUGAUAAAAACCAGCUUUCAAAAAUUAUAAAUGUUUCAUAUACUCUAGUGAAUACAUGAUAUAGAGUUGAUUUUUAUUUACACUAAUAUAUUUCUAAAGCUAGUAAUUUUCGUAGCUGGAAACUAUUAUUUUAUUUAGAUUUUUAAAUAAUUUUCUUUUUGUAAGAUAUUUUAAAAAAAAAUUAAUAUUUUAAAAUAAUAAAUAUGUAGUUUUUUUUUUUUACAUUUUAGUGAAAAAUUAAUGCUGAACUUUAAACUAUUUAUCUUCACAUAUAAAAUACACUGAGAACACUUGUUUGACUAACAUAAAAUAAGUAUGUCUAAUUGCAUUUAAACUUCACUGGCACUCAGCACUUAAUUAAUAAUGUACAUUAAUUAAUAAUUUGAACAAUAAGAUGAACAAUGUAAUAGUUAACAUGAAAAUGUAACUUCUUAAAUUCAAUUUUUGUAAAAUGUUUUAAAAUUAAAAAAAAAAUCUGCUACAAUCUUUUUUAGGGCUUUUUUAUAUAAAUAUCUUAAAUAACUGUUCAGCAGUAAAUUCUUAGUUGCUGUUAAUCGGCUUGAAGAAAUAAAUAAUUGCAGCUAGUAACUCUCAAGAGUAUUUUAUAUGAAAAGGCCCUAUAUUUGUUUUUUAAAAAUAGCAACCCUGUGCUAAUUAUAGAUGCUUAAAUUGGUGGGGGUCAAAGGGAAGUGGUGAUUCAUACUCUGCAGAGAAUUCUGCCAUAAGGCAAACAGCUUCGUACCACCAAUGUCUUAUACUUGGUAGAUGUUUAUGUAACUAUCACCUUGUAGCUCUUGAACUGCUUUUAUUAACCAAAAAAAAAAUUAUUAAUAACACCAGCCAUAACCAUGAGAAUUGUUGUUGAACUACUAACACUCUUUUGUGUUGUGGUUUUCAUACACCUUUAUCCCUGCUCUUUUCUGGUGAUUGUCUUUUAUUUAGCUUAAUAUAUUUAGUUAUUACACUGAUUUCUCUCCCCCUCCCCCUAAAAAAACAUCUUUUAUAUUUUCGCUAUAGGGUUUGGCUGAAUUUUGUUUUAAAAUACUAUUAAAACUUAAAUAGUAUGACUAUUACUACAGUCUGUUUUAGAAAAAUAAAUUAUUUGAUUUGAUACAAUUGGUGAGCCAAAAAAAUUAAAUUUAUAAUUCAAUCCAGUAUAAAUGAUUUUUUCUUAUUCAUCUCAUAGCAGUUUUAAAAAUUUAUUUUUCCUUUUUCCUCUGUAACUACUAGUUUAUUAUUACCCAUUUUACUUCCACUGCUUAAAAGCGUCUACUUAUUUUCCUGGGUUAUUGCUAUACUUCAAUGGUGUUUGGCCAUUUUUAAAGUUUACCAUUCAGUAACUUUGACAUAGAUUGAUAGAUUUGCUGGUUUCAUUGUAACUAUAGCUUGUGGGUAUUGGGACAUUUUUUUUUUAGUUGUAGACAGAUUUAAUUUUGUUGUUUGUGAGGUGUGACUAGCUCAUCCUUUAAACUUCAUCAACCAGUACAAUGAUUUAGAUGACUUUUUCCACCAACGAAUGCUGGGUACUCAUUGCUGCUAGUUAAGCUCCUGGAGGUACUGCUCAGUAACCCAAAGAUCAACAAACUGUCGUUGUUUAAUUGCCAGCAAGGUUCUUCUAUUUAAGAAAAAACUGGCCUGCCUGUUGAAGGCUGUAUGAAGGAAGUGGAAUUCUUUUGUUUUUUUUUUUUGUAUUACAAAACCUGGGUCACUGAUGUCUUUAUAAUACAAGUCUGCUAGUGUUGUAGUAUUUUGUUUUUGUGUAGUUAUUUAAAAUAUUUUGUCAGUUUUUUUU